GUUUUCAGUUCCCACUGAAUAAUCGGAUAAAACCCCUAAUUUUGACCUAAACUUUGCCAUUAAUAGAACAUCAUCUUCUCUCUUGCUCUCAGACUCUCAAACUUAGCCUCUCUGCUUUGGUCCGAACUAAAUUAAAUCAAAUCAAACACACUCAUAGGCAAAUUUAAUGGCGGACGUCAAGGACCAAUCCGAAGCCUCGGAUUCUCAGCCGCUAAUUGACAAUCAACCGCCUCCGUCAUCACCGCCGCCGCCGCAGCCGGAGGUUGAGAAGGUUGAGGAGAAUCAAAGGAAACCAUCUCCUCCGCCGCCGCCGCCGCAACAACCACACUGGAUCGGGAUGCGUUAUCCACCGGCGGUUGUAAUGCCGCAUCAAAUGAUGUAUGCUCCGGCGCCGCCGCCACCGCCUUACUCACCGUAUCAUCAAUUUCCGAAUCAUCACCACCAUCAUCACCAAUCUCGUGGUAAUAAGUAUCAGAACGCAUCCAACGGGGAGAACAAAACCAUUUGGAUCGGUGAUUUGCAUCAUUGGAUGGAUGAGAGUUACCUCAAUUCUGCUUUUGCUCCCGCCGGCGAGUUGGUUUCGGUCAAGGUUAUUCGCAACAAGCACACUGGUUUAUCCGAAGGCUAUGGAUUCGUGGAGUUUCUUUCCCACGACAUAGCUGAUAAGGUUUUGAAAGAAUUCAACGGAACAACAAUGCAUAACACAGAGCAGCCUUACCGUUUAAACUGGGCUAGUUUCAGCACCGGUGAGAAGCGGUUAGAGAACAAUGGACCUGAUCUCUCUAUCUUCGUGGGGGAUUUGGCGCCUGAUGUCUCUGAUUCUCUGCUGCAAAACACCUUCUCGGAGAAGUACCCUUCGGUUAAAGCUGCGAAAGUUGUCAUCGAUGCUAAUACCGGAAGAUCAAAAGGCUAUGGCUUUGUGAGGUUCGGAGAUGAUAACGAAAGGACCAAAGCGAUGACUGAGAUGCACGGCGUGAAAUGUUCUAGCCGAGCUAUGCGAAUCGGUCCUGCAACACCUAGGAAAACAACUGGUUUUCAACCACAAGGUGGAUACAUCCCGAAUGGUGGCAUGGCACGUCCUGAUGGGGAGUCAAACACAACAAUAUUUGUUGGAGGACUUGACUCUAGUGUCACUGACGAAGAUCUAAAGCAACCUUUCGCUGCGUAUGGGGAAAUAAUCUCUGUCAAGAUUCCUCUUGGCAAAGGAUGCGGAUUUGUUCAAUUUGUUAACAGAACAAAUGCAGAAGAGGCUUUGGAGAAACUAAAUGGGACUGUAAUUGGAAAACAGACAGUUCGGCUUUCUUGGGGACGUAGUCCAGCCAAUAAGCUGCCUAGAGAUAAGUAUGGAAACCAAUGGGUCGGACCAUACUACGGAGGACAGUAUUACAAUGGGUAUGGUUACAUGGUACCGCAACCUCAUGACCCAAGAAUGUAUGCUGCUGCACCUUACGGAGGGUAUCCAAUGUAUGGUGGUCAUCAGCAACAAGUAAGCUGAGGAAACUAAUCUUAAGGAUCUAGAGGCAAACAAACAAAACUCACUCAACAUUAGGUGAUGCUAGGAGGUACAAGGCAAAGAAAAAAUGGCUGGCUUUUUUUUUUUUGCCUCUCCUUGGGGUUUAGGGUUUAUUAUCUUUUAGUGGGAAACUGAGUUUUGAUGGAAACCUUAGCAGUAAUUUAGGGAGACUUGGAUUUGAUUGAUUGAUUGGAUUUGUUUCUUGAGAUGCUUUUCACUAUGGAACUUAUUAAACGAAAGAAGAAAGUGAGUUGCACCAAUUGAUUAUCAUGUUUCCUAUAUAUUUUUGUUUUCUG